UCCGAGUUGCAGUUAAAUAAUAUUUUUAAAAUAAUUGUAAGACGUAUUAUAUAGUUACAAUGAUAUUGAGGGGAAUCGGAGUGCUGACGGUGGCGUACUACUCCGUGCGAAUACUGCUCAUGGUGCGGCAGGCCCUCCAGCUCUGGAGUAUGAGCUACUUCAAGUGGGAUACGCGACUGAAGAAACGAUUCGGUGACUGGGCCGUGGUGACGGGCAGCACGGACGGGAUCGGCAAGCAGUACGCGCUGCAGCUGGCGCAGAGGGGCCUCAACGUCGUGCUCAUCAGCAGAAACCCCCACAAGCUGCGAGCCGUCGCGGAGGAGAUCGGUCAGUCAGUUGCUAGUGUUGUAGUUGCGGUGGUGACGGGCAGCACGGACGGGGUCGGCAAGCAGUACGCGCUGCAGCUGGCGCAGAGGGGCCUUAACGUCGUGCUCAUCAGCCGAAAUCCCCACAAGCUGCGAGCCGUCGCGGAGGAGAUCGUGACGAAGCAUAACGUUAAAACGAAAACUAUAGUAGCCGACUUCAGCACCGGGACCGAGGUGUACGCCCACAUCGAAGCGGAGCUGCAAGAUCUGCCGGUUGGCAUACUAGUGAACAACGUGGGCGUGCUGGACGACCAUCCGAUACGGUUCUGCGACGCGCCCCUGGAGCGGCUGUGGGAGAUGGUGAACGUGAACGUGGUGUCGGCGGUCAGCAUGUGCCGGCUGCUGCUGCCGGGGAUGUUGCGCCGCAACAGGGGCGUCGUCGUCAACGUGUCGUCGGCGGCGGGCUGGCAGGCGACGCCGCUGAUGGGUGUCUACUCUAGCACAAAGGCGUUCAUCAACAACUUCACGAUGCUGCUUCGCGCGGAGUACGCCCACACCGACGUCCAGUUCAACUUCGUGUACCCCAUGUUCAUAUCCAGCAACCUGACCGCCUUCUCGGAGAGCAUCCACCGGGGCGACCUGUUUACGCCGGACGCCGCCGCCUACGCCAUGCAGGCCGUCAACGCCAUAGGGACCAUCCCCGCGACCACCGGCUACUGGUCGCAGGCUCUGAAGAUGGACUUUUUGCUUCUCUUGCCGACAUGGGCGAGAACUAAGAUCGGCCACUUCAUACUGAGGGGCCUGCAACAUGAAUACAAUAUGAGGAAUAACGUGAAAAACAAACAAAAACCCAGCUAAGUGCUAGUUCAUGAAGACUAUAUUAUCUUAAAUAUCAAAUAAGUAUGUAAGGUAUA